AUGAGUCACUCCACUCCUUUCACAACACCGGAAUCGGAAUACUGUAAGGGGGAUGGCGAUGUUUCACGCUUCUGCCACAGAGGUGCUGGCAGAGCGCGCUGUAUCGCCUUGAGUUGUCCAAGAUGGGGUGCUUCUAGGCUGUGCACCGUCCGUCGUCUCUUGGCGCAUUUGCGUGUUCUUGAUUCUAACGCUUUACAAGACUCACAAAGGAUCGCUCCAGCCGACACCACUGCGACAACUUGGACUGAUGAUUUUCUUCCGAUUUCUGCUGAACUGAUUGUUGUCGUCGAACGUAUACCUGAACGUAUUCAACCUUAAAUUCUGGUCGUCAUUGGCUGAAACGUGGGCUGGUUACAUGUUACAUCACGUCACCGCCGAAAAGAAAAGUCAACGAAAACGGGGGGAAA